UCCCGCGCCACCGAGCUCAAGGGCCGCGCCCUCAUCAGCCAGGGCGACGCCUUCAUCCUGGCUCCUGCAGGUGAACAUGGGAUCAAAUUCACCGGUGGGAAUGGUUCUCUGGGCAUCCAGAACGGUGAUGUCGUCGACGUUGGCACCGACGGCCAUGUCGACCUCAAGAGCACCGACGGCAUCGCCGCCGGAGGUCUGACCCAGGGCUUCACCACGGGCAGCGACAACGCCCUUGAAUGGAGCCAGGGUCAGUUCUUCGCCUGUCCUCACGUGUCUCUG